CUGGGCAGAGAGUGGAGCACCCAAACAUUGGCUGCAAAAGCAGCGACGAGCAAACAGCACCAAUGGUGUCAGUCCAUUAAUUUGGACAUUUUGUCCUUGCCGGUAAACGAUGUGACCGAGCGGACAAGGAAGGCGAGUUUGGCGGCGACUGUCGGGAACACAUGACAACCGAGAGUCGGGGAGUGAGAGCGGGCGCGCCAUGGCGUCUCAGCCGAGUGUAUAUGAUGAAGAGAGGAAUCGUCUCCGCCUCAGAGCCUGGGAACAGAGAAACCAAGAAACGAGCCAAGCCAAGGAACUCACUGACAAUGUACCGCUUUUUGGGGUGCCAUACAAGAGAAACAAAGGUGAUGAACUUUCCGACAGGAUCCAGAGGAUGCUGGGCAGCUAUGAAGAUGAGAAAAAUCCCACUGAUCCUUCAAUGUCCGUAACCUUGUUGCAGCCAAACUUGGAUAACCCUGGCCAACCUCCCGUCCAAGACCAGGACCAUCACAUAUCCAGUCAGGACAAUACUAUCCCUCCAAGUAACAGUAACACUUUCCAGACCAUGACAGACGUCCCUGCUGCUCCUUCUUCUCCAGUCAUCCAUAGAGACUCUCUGCAAUUGCCAAAGGGUACCUUCGAUCAUUCAAUGGGCCAAGAGAAGAAGGGUGAGACUUUGCCAGAUCUCAGGGAGCACGGUAGCAAUCCUCAGGAAAGGUCUGCUCAGUUUGCGGAUGUCAAGCCAAUACCUAUCCUACAUUCCAGUGCUCCCAAAGUCGCACUUGCUAAAGACACCCUUGAAUCACGUCAAGAGUCCAUAGAAGGGCAGUCGGCUGCCACCGCCGUGGAUGUUUCCGCGUGUAACCUAUGGCAGUCGCCGGCAGAUGCUACCCAGGUGUAUCAGGCUGGCAAGAGCGGAAACUCCCUCCUUUCACAGAACUUCCCUCCGCUCUCAUCAUCCAAGCAGCCCAGCGUAGUCAUGACCCAGAAGCCGACAGCGUAUGUGCGGCCUACCAUGGAUGGUCAGGACCAGCUGCUCAGUGGGUCGCCUGAGUUGAAGCCUUCAUCUGAGCCAUAUAUACCUCUACAGGAGAUCCGUAAGGUCGACCAUUGCAAGACCAAAGCGCUGCAUCAAUAUUUGGAGACGAGGGCAAAUGAAACACUGCGUGUUGAAGACAUUUUAAAGGAGAUGGCUCAUUACUGGCCGCCCCUCUUGACAGCCAUACACAUUUCUAAUAAAUCUGACGUACCCCCAGCAAAGGAAACAGGGCAAGUCUCUUCAUGUCUGGGACUGAAAAGCCAUGACCUGUCUUCUGAAGAUUCCUCCAAUCUCAAUGUGCAAAGCUCCUCAUUUCGGCACAAGGAGACUUAUUCCAGCAGCGUGGAAUCUGCAAGUUCCAGUGACUCAGACAGUAGCUCCAGAUCUGACUCUGACAGCGAGAGCGCCACCGAGAAUCCUCGCAGACCCCCACUGAGCAGCUCCAAAACAGAGACUGAUACAGCAGCAGCAUCGUCCAAUGUUGACUGGCAGUUGGUGAAGUGGAUCCACUCCAGUCAACAGAACUUCAACAACGAAAGCCAAAAGUGUGCCAACGUCUGCAAGAGUCCCACUGACAAACGACCACAGCCCCCUGAAAUCUCCAAAAACUCAAAUGUUGACAUAGUCGGUGAGUCAAAACCUCCAAAAGAGUUUGGUGGAGACCCUUCCAAAGCCCAGCCGUGUGAAGAGAGUUUUUGCCCAAAAUCCGCCGCCGAUGUGAUUUGCUGUACCAGUUCCAAGAAACAUUCAGGUGUCACACUAAAACCAGCAAAGGAUCACACUAAAACGACUCGCAGUGUAAAAUGUGAGGACACUGUGGCUCUCUGUAUCUCAAACGAUCCCAAGCUCAAAACAAAAACAAGGAAAAGAAAGAACAAUAGCAGUGACUUUAAAAGCAGCACUAAGAGAACUUUUAAAGGACCAGAGGUGCAAAAGACUAAAUCCAUUCUUAGGCCUGAGGUGGUCCAACGUGAUGCUUGUUGUGUGUCAUGUGGCAAGAUACACCCUGGCACCUGCUCCUGCCUUCCCCAAAGUCUCACUCGUCUCGACCACCCGUCCCCUGCCCUGCCAGUCGAAAUCAGCUGUAGCAAACCCAACGUUGAGGCUGUCUGUCAUAAAGAGGCCAAAGUGAUUCCUAAAGCGCCGUCCUCUGCAGCCCGCAAGUCUUGCGAAAAGUCUGGACGCUUCAGCAAGUCUCUGGACCUUCCCAACCGACCUAUUAAAUCCCUGCUGGUAAAGAUCGAUCUAAAUCUACUUUGUAGAGUUCCCCAGGUGACACCCAUGAAGGCUGAGAAACCUUUGCACACAUCUGAAAACAAACCGGAAGCCAGCAAAAACCCUAAAGCCAUCAAAAAGAGUUUACCUCAAAUUGUGGAGAUACAUGACAAAACUCUUCCCAGGAAGAAGCUGAAGCUGGAGAAACAGAAGACCUCAUCCGACAAGAAUUCCUCAGUCAAAGUGGAAGGUUGCAGCAACAGACCAGACCAGCAGAAGCAAAAUAAAUCAAAGAAAAGUCGUGUGCAUUUGCUGCAGCCCCCAAAAAAACGAGACUGUGGUAAAUACACCAAAGUGCACAAGUUGUCAAGCUUGGAGACUCACAAGGAAGCCUCAAAGAGCAAAGACUCGAAAAGCAGCCGAACAAAGCACACUCCGCUAGAAAAGAAGCCAUCUACACAGGUCCUCAAGCAAGUAACCUCUAAGCCCUUGCUCUUGUGUGAGGACAGGAAGUAUCCAGUGAAGCACUACAUCAGGGAGGCCAAAAGACUGAAGCACAAAGCAGAUGCAGAGUCCGACAAGCUCAGCAAAGCUUUCAACUACCUUGACGCCGCCAUGUUUUUCGUGGAGAGUGGCAUCGCCAUGGAAAAGGACCCGCAGAUCUCAAUGUCUUCCUACACCAUGUUUGCAGAGACCGUGGAGCUCCUCAAGUUUGUGCUAAAACUUAAAAACUCCACUGACUCAUCUCUUCCCGCCUCAAGGAAGGACUUUGUAGCAUUAUGUCUGAAGUGCCAGGCUCUCCUGCAGAUGGCGAUGUUUCGUCAAAAGCACGAAACUGCACUGAAGUACUCCAAGACGCUCACCGACCACUUCAGUAGCUCCUCACUUGACCCUUCUGUCUGCGCCACAAAUGGUGCAGUCACCCCAUCCUCCAUGGCCAGCAUCCCGUCCCCUGCCUGCGGCGCCACCAAACAGAGCGGGUCAGCCGCAGGGCCCGCUGGCUCCACGGUGUGCGUACCUCUGGCAAUAGAGCAAGUGGCGCUCUCCUAUGUCAACAUCACAACGUUGGUCCUGAGCGCUCACGACCUCUGGGAGCAGGCGGAGGAAAUGGCGAGCAAAGGCAGCGGUGUUCUAGCCAAGCUGGACAGCCAUGUGGGCCCCCUGAGCCUGACUUCUUCUGUGAGCUUCAUGGUGCGUUACACUAGACAAGGUGUGUUGUGGCUGCGGACGGACAGCCAAAAAAGCAAAUGAAUGUCUACUAAGGUACCUCACCCGUAAUAACCCAAAACACUUGAGUGGGUCACAUUCUGAAACAACCUUGCUUGGAUGAUAUUGAUCUAAUUGCACUAAAGCAGGGCUGAAGUCCUAGAAUGCUAUUUCAAUCAGGCCUAAUUUCAUCAUUAUUUGUUUGUUUUGUUACUUCUAGGACAGACUCAACAAUAUCAUGAGCUUUAUCACUUUUUUUUUAAAUCAAACUGAGGGGAAUGUUCCGAAAACGCUAACAUUUAAAGCAGACUCAAGAAAGUGCCUUAAACAGUCACAAUCAGAGUUUUGUUAGUCCAGGUGCAAAUCAUGUUUGUCAGUCCAAUGUAUUCUAUUUAUUACCUUUUCUUUUUCUACAAACGGUGCACUUUUCGUUUGAGUUUGCAGGAAUCGUUCGCAGCCGAAGUGGUUUCUGUGAGCGGAUUUAUUUUCCACGCUGUUUUUUUUUGAGGUAGUGGAUGAGAUUAUAAUAGUCACCAAAAGUCGAGUUAGCAUUGAAGCCUCGUAGGAAAAAUGUAGUGAUCACGUUUCUUGCCUUUUGAGUUGCAGGAGUGUAAUAAAUGCAAAGAAGUACUUUGAUGUCAGUGCGCACUUUUUGGCCCAAGCAAGUGCGUUGAUUGUGAUCAUUUCAACGUUUAUUGACUUAUGUUGGCUUAUCAUACGAAUGAAAUGUGAACAAAUAUGUUUGGUUAACUCAUAAAAUGAGCAAGUGUUGUUUUUGAUGUUUGCUAAUUUAGUCGGUGGGUAAUUAAAGGAUGAAAGUGCAAAAAGUGAUUUGAUUGAAAACCUUUAUUUUUCCCAGACAAGGUAUUUAAAAAGCAUUAAAAACUGUCUUCAUCUUAAAUUCACAUUGUUUUUCAUGGUCUAACCUGCAGAUUCCUUUGUAAGCGAUCGGUUUACUUUUCCUGUCCCAAACCCCGAUGACCUAGAAUGUUUUUUUUCCUUUUGUGGAUUAUGAAUUUUCUGUUGCAGUGUUCAUGGAUAAAUAAACACUGGAAAUUAA